AUGUCUUCAAAGUCGGCAUUAAGCGUGGUGCUGUCUCCCCGAGCCAGUCCUGAUAUCAAAGUGCCCAAGUUCAUCUAUGGUACGGCUUGGAAGAAAGAGAGGACGGCCGAGCUGGUGUAUCAAGCCAUCAAGGCCGGCUUCAGAGCUAUCGACACCGCGGCUCAGCCAAAACAUUACAACGAGAAAGGCGUGGGAGACGGGAUCAGGAGGGCUAUCGAAGAAGGAGUGGUGCGAAGGGAGGAUCUGUUUAUCGAGUACCUUGAAGUAUCGAGAUCCUCGACAUCCCCUGCUGCUGCCGCUGCUGCUGCUGCUGCUGCUGCUGCUGCUGCUGCUGGCUCUCCGGCUAUCCAAACCAAGUACACCCCCCCCUCCGGGCAGGACCCUAAAAACAUGCCCUACGACGCCACCUCCCCCGUGGAGGAGCAGAUCAUCAACACCCUCUCAUCCUCGCUCACAAACCUCACGUUUCCUCUCACAGUCCAAGAGCCCUACAUCGACUCUGUAGUCUUGCACUCCCCGCUCCCCACCCCAGAGCUCACCCUGCAAGCCUGGCGCACCCUCUCCUCCUACGUGCCCACCAAGAUCCGCUCCCUGGGCAUCUCAAACACCACCCUACCAAUCCUGAAAUCACUUGCCUCAUCCAUGACGUCGAACCCCGGUCUCCCAUCCCCGGCGUUCGUGCAGAAUCGCUUUUACGGGGACACGUCCUACGAAGUGCCGCUGAGGAAGUUCUGCAGGGAGAACGGGAUCGUGUUUCAGAGCUUCUGGACACUGACUGGUAACCCGGUGUUGCUGAGGAGUCAUGUGGUGCAGGAGGUUGCGAGCGCGUUGGAAGGGAAGGUGGAGAGCGGUGAGGAGAAGGCUGUUGCGCUCUAUGGGCUGGUCUCUGGACUCGGAGGCGUGGCUGUGUUGAACGGGACGACGAACCUAGCGAGGAUGAGUGGGGACCUGCAAGGUUUGGAGGUAUUGAAAGAGCUGGUGGAGGGUGAAUGGGCGGAGAAGUGGGAGGCUUGGAUGAAGGGGUUCAAGGGGGUCAUUGGAGAGCAAGACUAA